AUGGCCACCGUCCUCUCCGGCGCCUCCUUUGGCGCCGCCAUGAUUGCCGCCGGCUUCUACAACCCCGCCGUCGUCGUCGCCCAGCUUCGCUUCGAAAACUGGCACAUGGUGCAAGCCUUUCUCGCCGCCACCGCCUCCAGCAUCGUCUACUACGCCGUUAGUGACCGCACCGGGUACACCCGCCUCACGCCCCGCGCCUCCGCCCCCGUCGGGCUGCUACCCACCACCUACGACGGCAACAUCCUCGGCGGCGCCCUCCUCGGCGCCGGCAUGGCCCUCUCGGGAAGCUGUCCCGGUACACUAUUCGCGCAAAUGGCCGCCGGCGUGCACACCGGCUUCUACGCGCUCGCAGGCGCCGUCGUCGGCGGCGUCCUUUGGACCGGCAUCCUCAGCAAGGCCGUAGCGCGGCAACGCGCGCGCGCCGGCCACAACAAGCCCGAAACCGUCACCAUUGACCAGUACCUCGGCAUCUCCAAGCCCGCCGCCAUGCUGCUCUACGAAGCCGGCUUCGCGGCCGUUGUCAGCAUCACUUGGCUGUACACCCCGCGCUUUCCGGGGACCAAGAUGCCGGGCGCGCUGGGCGGCUUGCUGAUUAGCCUGUCGCAGCUGGCGUCGAUUGCGACGCGCGGCUCCAUGAUUGGCAUCUCGGGCUCGUUUGGCGAGCUCGGCGGCCUGGUGUGGGCGGCGCUGGCGGGCGAGGAUGCGGCGGCGCGGCCCGCGGCGUUUCCCAACGUCCUCUUUGCGGUAUCGGCUGGUGCCGGCGCGCUGCUGCUGGCCACGCUGGCCCCGACGCUCGUGGACGCGCCCGUGCUCGAGGUCGCGCCGGCGCAGGCCGUUUUGGGCGGCGCGCUGAUGGUGGUGGGCGCGCGCAUGGCGGGCGGGUGCACGUCUGGACACGGCAUCAGCGGCAUCUCGCUGCUGUCCACGUCGAGCCUGAUUACGAUUGCGACGACGUUUGCGGCUGGCUUUGUUGUUGCGAGUCUUGUAUAUUAG